AUGAAGGCCGGAGUUCUCGCAGUCGCGGCUGCAAUUGCAGGUGGCGUUAAUGCUAGAGACCUUGGAAGGAGACAUGGUCAUCAAGAUUUCCAUGAGAGAGGAUUGUUAGCCACACCAUCGGAGUCAUGUGGUUGUACAACUGUUUGGUCUACCGUCACUGGUGAACCCCAAUUAUACUUCCCACCAGCUCCAACCGCUGCUUCUGUUGCUUCUGGCUCAGGUGCACCACCAGCACCAUCUGCCCCAGCAGGUUCUGAUGCAUGCUCUAAUGCCUGUAACACUGAGUAUAACAACUGUCGAAGUGCUCCAGAUGCAAACCGAUCCACUUGUGCUUCCAACUAUGCAUCAUGCCUCGGAUAUUCUCCGUUUGAUGGCAAUGGAUCACUUGUCAUGGCAACUGCUUGCUCCUCAGUAGCAUCGACACCAGCAGCUUCUGCUCCAGGUUCAUCGGCACCAGCACCAUCUGCCCCAGCAGGUUCUGAUGUAUGCUCCAAUGCCUGCAAUACUGAGUACAACACCUGUCGAAGUGCUCCAGAUGCAAACCGAUCCACUUGUGCUUCUAAGUAUGCAUCAUGCCUCGGAUAUUCUCCGUUUGAUGGCAACGGAUCACUUGUUAUGGCAACUGCUUGCUCAAUAGCAUCGACACCAGCAGCUUCUGCUCCAGGUUCAUCGGCACCAGCGCCAUCGGCACCAGCACCAUCUGCCCCAGCAGGUUCUGAUGCAUGCUCCAAUGCCUGCAAUACUGAGUACAACACCUGUCGAAGUGCUCCAGAUGCAAACCGAUCCACUUGUGCUUCUAAGUAUGCAUCAUGCCUCGGAUAUUCUCCGUUUGAUAGCAACGGAUCACUUGUUAUGGCAACUGCUUGCUCAAUAGCAUCGACACCAGCAGCUUCUGCUCCAGGUUCAUCGGCACCAGCACCAUCUGCCCCAGCAGCUUCUGCCCCAGCAUCGUCAGCUCCAGCCACUUCAAAGGGAGUAUCAACUGCUCCUACUGCCCCAGCUUCAACUGCCCCAGCCGUUGUCCCCACUCCUUUGGCAACCACGUGCCCAACUCCAGGUGUCUACACCAUUCCAGCCACCACUGUGACUUUGACUGAGUCCACCACUGUCUGUGGUGCUACAUCAACUGGUCUUCCAUCCGCAGGAACUUACACCGUUGGAGGUGUCACCACUGUCGUAACCACUGCCACAACCGUUGUAUGCCCAUACGCUGCUGUCUCAACUUCAGAAGGUGUAGUCACAAGCACCAUCUUGACCACUACCUAUGUAUGCCCAUCCGCAGGAACAUACACCAUCAAUCCAUUAACCACUACCGUUACCGAGCCCGCUGUUUGGGUUUACCCAACUCCUGCUUCCUAUGCUCCAGGAACCUACACACAACCAGAAGUUGUCACUACCAUCACCGAAACUAAUGUGGUUGUUUUCUGCCCUUACUCUUCAUCAUACUCCACAAUUGUUGAUGCCACACUACCAGCUGGUACACCUGCCCAGGCUACUUCUGCUCCAGCCCCAGUUACGACUUCUGUCGUAGUACCAGUCGCAACACCAAGCUCUAGCUCAGUUUAUGUUGCUCCAUCCUCAAGCGCUGUAUCCGUUGUCCCAUCAUCUUCCGUAGUUGCAUCUUCCGUUGCAUCUCCAUCUGCCUCCUCCACUUCCUCCUCUUCCGGAAAUGGAGGCAGUGUAGGAAGCACUGGAAAGCAAUGGGCUAUGACUUAUUCCCCAUACCAAGAUUCCGGAUCUUGCAAGACUGCUGCAGAAGUUUCCGUUGAUGUAGCACUCAUUGCCUCCAAGGGAUUCACAGCCAUCCGUAUCUACAGCACCGAUUGCUCAGGACUCGAGAACGUCGGUAACGCUGCCAAGCUUGCUGGUAUCAAAAUGAUCGUCGGUAUCUUCAUUAGCGAGACCGGAUGUUCCGGAGCAGCCGAUCAAGUCACUGAACUUAUUGCAUGGGGACAAUGGUCUCUCGUUGAGCUUAUCGUUGUCGGUAACGAAGCCAUCUUUGGUGGUCACACUACCGCUUCUGAACUCGCCGGAUUCAUCAGCUCCUCCCGAGCAUCCUUCGCAAGUGCUGGAUACACUGGUCAAAUCACCACCACCGAGCCCCUCAACAUCUGGCAAGAAAACACCAGUGUCCUCUGUUCCGCCGUCGACAUCACUGGUGCUAACCUUCACCCAUUCUUCAACGCUGAAGUCACUGCCGAAAAUGCUGGUAAAUUCGCUCUCUCCCAACUCGAGCUUGCCGAUGCUAUCUGCCCUGGUCUUACUGCCAUUAACCUCGAGUGCGGAUGGCCUUCCGCUGGUACCUGUAACGGAGCUGCUUGCCCGGGUGUAGAAGAGCAAAAGACUGCCGUCUCUAGCAUCAUCGAGUCGUGUGGUGGACGUGCUGCCAUCUUCUCUUACACCAACGACCUCUGGAAACAACCAGGUGGAUUUGGCUGUGAGCAAAGUUGGGGUUCCAUCCAUCUUUUCUAG